AUGCAAUUCGCAAUCGCAAAACGAAGCGAAAGCAGAACACCAGAAGCCCGACGAAAGAGACCGACUGAAGCCCCGGCUAGACAACAACAACAACAAGGAGGCAGGGAAGGGGCUUCCGAGAGAGAAGAAAAGAGAGAUGAGAGUGAAGAGGAUUACACGACGGAGGGAGGGAGGGGCUGGGCCCCGGGAAGCAGGGAAAAGCAAGGCGAGACCGGACAAGCGGCCGGCGCAGCUAAAAUAAUCAGCCACGCAGCCUCGGCUAUUUUGGCGUAUCUGAGGGGGCUAGUAGCGAAAGAAAACGUCGGGGCAUGGACGCAAAGAGCGAAGCACCGCACCUCGACACGCCGUGCCGCCAAAGAGAGCAGAGGGCCUGGAGUACGAAGGGAAGAAGCCCCACCGGCGUACGUAGCGCCCGAGGGAGGGAGAGAGGAGGAGGCGAGCCCCUCCCUUACCCCCAACCCCACCCCCCAUCGCUUGGCGUGA